UUUUGGUUUUUUUUUUUUUUUAAGAAGAGAAAAAAAGGAAGAAAAGCAAAAACCUAGUGGAAUUCAGGGUUGCUUUGCUCGCUCUUUGUGCUUCUGUUGAGGCUUCCACAUGCAUAUCAUUGCUGUGAAGAUCUUGCUUUUGUGCACUUCAGUUCUGUUUCUGCUGCAGACUAGUGGAUAGACCUUGCAUUACCAGCUUCACUUAAGAUGAGUUAAAACCAACCCACACGCACACACGCCGAAUCAUGUACCAGCCUUGCAUUUUAUGGGGCUGGAGUUUUCUGUGACUCUCAGAUUAUCAUUAAACUGUGUUUCAUCAGGGAGCUUUUAUAUGCCUCUCCUAAGUACCACCUCUUUGUUUCCUCUUCCUUUCCUCACAGUCCCCCAGCUUAUUGGUAUGUGGCAUUUGUAGCCAGGUUGGUUGCACCCUUGUGUAAUUCCUAACAUUGUUCUGGUUGCAGGAUUUGUGUGGUACUAUAGUAAUUAUGUGAAUGAAUCAGAUGUAUUUGUCUGGCAGACAGGCUCCAGUGAUAAAGCUUUUGAGAGAGUAAAAUGCUGAACAUAGCACUGAAAUUUCUAAAAUUGAAAUGUUGGCUUCUGAAGCAUUUUAAACAUUAAGUUUAAAUUUUAAUAUAAGUCAUAUGUGUGUUUAAUCAAGGGACAAUAAACUUACCAGCAUGCUUUUAACUAAUGCUAACUAAAAGAGAAACUAGUUAGUAUGGGGGAGAAAAGGCUACUAUUGAAAUAGUAGAUAGUUUUUCACCUUUUCAGCAGAUGAGGGCUGGAAGCUUUCUUUCCAGGGUGUGCAUGUGUUGUGCAUUUUAGUGGGGCCAACCUAUUUUCUUGGGUAGAGAAGGAAGUGUGAAAAUGUUGUACAAUUGAUUACUUGGCAAUUUUUUUUGGUCUCAUUGUGUAAUGAGAUGUCAAUUCUAUUUUUGGUCCUUGGCCAAACAUUCAGGAACUCUGGAAAAAAAUGUAAGGAAUUGAAAUACAGAUAAUAAAGUAAUAUGAUGAGAAAAAUCAAAGGCAAAUAUUGAUACAAAGGGGAAAAUAUAUGGUACUUAAAGCAUAUCUAUAAAAUGAAAAUAUUUUUCAUAUUGAUCUCCUUUAUCCUCUUCAAAUUAUGGCUGUUUUUUGUGGUCAAACAUUUCUUGUCAUGUUACAAAAACACAACUUCUUAUGUGCUAAAAAAAAAACUUCCCCAGUGGUAUUUUCUACAUGCUUGUGUUCCUAAAUCUUGCAGAGGAGAAUGACCUAGGUCUGGACAAAGGCAUUCCUUCCUUGUUUUAAAAGCAGUAUAAUCAUCACACCUAUUUAUUCACUCAUUACAUAUACCAUUACUUUACAUUUUGAAUUGUCAUACUAUGAUGUGCUUUUCCUUCCUCCAAAGAAAGGUUUCUCUGCAAUGUUGAAAAAACUCAUAGGCUACUGUUCUCUAGAAGCAGUAGUUUAAGAACAAUGGCUUAUCAGAUUUCUCUGAAAUUAUGUGAAUGUUGAAUAUCUUCUUGUACAGGGUGAAGGAGAUUUAUUAUCGAUCUCUUAAAAACUGCGUUAUGUGGUUGAACUUGAUGGCAGUUCAGCUUUUCCCGUCUUUAGAAGAGACAGUGCAGUUGCCUUUUCUUUUGGUGCAGCUGCAUUCCUGUAGUCGUCUGUAUCCCACCACAUAUGGAAACCUGAGACGAGUAAAUCCCUGGCUUACUGUGUCUGGUGUUAAAUGUAAAUGGCUGAGGAAGACAGAAAAAUGUUCCCCUUUGCAUCAUGAGAAAUCCCAUCACGUACAAAGUAUACUCCUUGUUGCUCAAAUUUGAAUAGCACACUGUACCUUUGAUCUGUGUUUGUAGUAAGCUAUAUGUGCCGUUCUAACCAAGAUGACAUGUAUUUUAAGUCUGUUGCAGUGCUAUCCAUUUGUUCUCCAGCUGUCAAAUUCCGGCCACGCAUUGUGUCCACUGGAGACAACCCUACCACUUUUGGAUUUAGUCUCUGGUAUUGAGAUCUGGACAGACAUAUUCCCAACUUCAUACAGGAGUUUGGCAGUGAUGGAGAUUCACAGUGCCACUGCUGUUCAGUGUGAUAAAACUUGGCCUCACAUAAAAUGUCUGGCAAAAUGACCUCCAUUGGCUUGUUAACUAGGUAGAGAUCUAGGUGUGCUUUAACAUGUUUUCUGUAAUAUUUAGAUUUUUAAUCAUUUUACCAUAGCAAAUUAAUUGUGGUUUUUCACACCUUGAAAAUCUUCUCUCAGUAGGCUUUCAUCAUGCCCACCAAAAGCUUUCAGCCAGCCUUGUAGAUCUUGGUAGCAGUAAGCUGUCAAGAAGGUACGUGGAAGGCUGAUGUCUGCAUUCUAGAAGUCCUUUUUUUUUAAUAUUUGACAAUGCUGUUAUUGGAAAACUGUAAGCAUCUCUUACAGGCAUCACUCCACUUAGAGCUUCAGUACUCCUAAUCCAGUCUUACUUAGCUACUGCUUUUUUGGGAAGGAACUAGAACUUUCCUGGGAGAGGUAUUUCUAUUUCUUGGACUAUCUGUAGAAUCUGUGGGUUUGAAAGGUGGCAAGAGUAUAGAGUGAGGCAUCACAAAGCAAUUGUGGAUUCAAGUAUGUUUUGCCAGUUUGUCCACUUAAAUGUGUGUUGAAAGGUGCUGCAUACUAUGAAGGGCUGGUACCCAUUUUAAAUGCUUAUACCUGGUGUGGCAUAGAAUCAGGUCUUUGUCCUGAAGAUCACUCCUGUGGUUCAUGGGAGUUCAUGGAAUGAAAUGUGCAAAGGAGGUUCUUCGGAGCUGCACAUAGGCCAGGUGAUUUUUCUGCUUUUAAUCCAAGGUGUUCAAAGGAGAAAAAAAAAAAAAUUAGGUACUUGAAGACUCUCCUUAAGAUUUUUCCUUACUGCAGACCUACUGAAAACCAAAUCUGUUGAUUCAUACCAUCUCUUGAAAUUUCAACAAUUGUUGAUCAUUUAUGAAGAAUCUGGCCAAUAGUGUUGUAAUUUUGGUUUGCUUGGUAUUUGAACUUCAGAAAGGUUUAUUCCAUCAUUUUCUGUGGUGUGGAGCUUAAAAAAGGAUGAAGUACAUGCCCAGUCACAAGAAAUUUAGGACUAAUUUAAUAAACUGAGAAAUUAGUUUGUUACCGUUUGCCUUAAAGUCCAGUUUUGUAAAGGUUUUGUAUUAAGAAAGAGUUACUUGAGAUGUGAUGUUGAGGCAUUGUUAGCAGACUGAUAUUGCCUAUUACAAUUCUGUUUGCUAGGCACUUAGGUGGUAAAAAGAUCAAAUUAUCAGUACUGUGCUCUACUUGCCUCCUUCUGAUGUGAUUUAAUUGUGAAGUAUCUGCUAUAUAUAUGUCUGAAAAGAAUUGUGGAUUGAAACGAAGAUGUGAUUAUUCUAAUCAGCUUUCAUAGUUCAAGAUGCUUAAAUUAAUGUGCUUGAUACAGUUAUUUUUUGUGCUGGGAACUUUGAAAAAUUAUGGGAAUUUCCCACAUGUACCUUUUCUUCUGAAUUAGUAAAGUCAAGACAAUUACUUCAUUUGGCCUGUGGAUAAAACAUUUGAUUUCAACACCUUGCUGAGGACAGAACUUGUGUAUUAAUAGUUGCCUAAAGAUGUGGCCUCUGGAUGGAUUCUGAUCAUUCUUUCUACUAGUAAAUUGCACAAAUAGGUGCAGUAUUUAUAUCUGAAAUUUUGCUGAAUGCCUGUAAUGCUUCAUGGAAAUAUUUUAUGAAUCAAAUGGAAAUGCUCCUGCAAAGCCUCAUGAUGCAGAUUGUCUAUCAGGUGAUCAAGUGAGCUUACAGACAAGUAGUUCUGUAAUCCAAAAUGGCAUGCUUUCAUUUAUGACUGAUAAUUUCAGAGUGUUUCCUCUUUCAUAGAAGAAAUUACCAUUAUGCAACAAACAGUUGGAGAGGUUCUUAAGCACCCAAUAGCUUGGUUUUAGAGUAAAGAGAAUAUACUGAGUUGGAAAGGACCCAUCAAGGUCAUAAAGUCCAACUCCUGGCGCUGCACAGGACUCCCCAGCAAUCCCACCAUGUGCCAGAGACCUUCUUGAACUCAGGCAGGCUUGAUAGUGUGACCGCUUCCUGGGGAGCCUGUUCCAGUGUUCACCAGUGGCCACCCUCUGAGUGAAAAGCCUUUUCCUGACACCUAACUUAAAGCUCCUGUGCCUCAGCUUCAUACCGUUUCCUCGAGUCCUUUCCCUGGUCAAGAGAGAAAUCUGUCUGUCAGCUGGGCCAUGAAUGUAGAUGAUUGCCAUUUGACAAAGCUUCCUAUGGCCAUGUAUUAACUGACUUGAUGUGGUGAAUGUUCGCAAUGGUAGCAGAACUGAAAACUACUCUAUCUGACAAAAGAGAAAAAUUAGGAACCAGGAACCAUAAUGAGUUUUGAUAGUUGUAUGCUGUUUUCAGGUUGGUGGCAGUCAGUUACACGUGUAAUAUGCUCUACCUGGUUUGUAGCUGUAACUGUGAUGUACAGAAAGAAAGAAGAAACUCACCCCAAAGAAACAAAACCCCUGACCCCCCCUCAACAAACCACAAAACAAUCUCCCCUCCUUCAAGAACUCGUGAAAACAGAAGCAAAUAAUGCAAUGAUAUGAUACACACUUUUGUAUUUUUAUUCUUCUAAGGUUAUUUGCUGGCUCUUGUUGGCCUCUAGUUCAGUCUGUGUUAUUUAAAUUCUAAUAUAUGAAUUAUUUGGAUUGAUUCAUGUUCGGGGCCAUGGUGUUGUAUGUAUUGAUGUACAGCCUUGAAUGUGAAUAAUUAUUGUAAACUAUAUUUUACACCUUUUUUCUGGCUUUAUUAUAUAAAUUUUCUAUUGGUCGAUGAUUUAAUCAUAUCUCAUAAUUUAAUGACUGUUUAUUCUCCUCUCGACAGAUCUCUGUGCUGUAGAUGUGUAGUUAGUGACUGGAUGACGGAUUUCACUUAUGCUUGGUAGUCUGUAAUAAAGGCAUGUAGGGUUCUGCGCGGCCUCCGCCUCUUCCUUCCGCCGUGGGGCGGGGGGCAUGGGGUACAGACAGGCCCGUGGCCUCCGGCCCGGCGGCGGCCCUGCCGCCGACACGAGCGCUGCUCCCGGGGCCCCCAGCCGGAGCCGCCGCGGCCGCGGCCGAGAAGGGGCAGGGCCCUGUUCCAACCGGCGCUUCCGGUGGGCGGUGCGCCGGGGGCCAGGCAGCCGGGGCGGCCCCUUCCGGCGGUGGCGAGGAUGGCGGCGGAGAACCACUGUGAGUUCCCGGUGCCCCCGGCUGGCGGCCUCAGCGCGGGCGGGCCCUGCCGUCGGUGUAGCUCGGCGCCGCUCCCUGGCGCGGGGCCCGGCAAGUGGGUGAGGCUGAACGUGGGGGGCACCUGCUUCUUGACCACUCGACAGACGCUCUGCAGGGACCCUAAGUCCUUCCUCUUCCGCCUCUGCCAGGCCGACCCCGACCUGGACUCGGACAAGGAUGAAACAGGUGCCUAUUUAAUAGACAGAGACCCAACCUACUUUGGGCCAGUGCUGAACUAUCUCAGACAUGGAAAACUGGUUAUUAACAAGGACCUAGCUGAGGAAGGUGUACUGGAAGAGGCUGAAUUCUACAAUAUCACAUCUCUAAUAAAACUGGUAAAGGACAAAAUAAGAGAAAGAGACAGCAGAAUCUCUCAGGUGCCAGUCAAACAUGUAUACAGAGUGCUGCAGUGUCAGGAAGAGGAACUCACUCAAAUGGUUUCCACAAUGUCUGAUGGCUGGAAAUUUGAACAGCUUGUCAGUAUAGGUUCCCAGUACAGCUGUGGCCGGGCUCAGCAGUCAGAGUUUCUGCUGAUAGUGUCACGGGAAGUGAAAGGGGAAGAGAGAUGCUUCCAGAAAUGCUGCAGUGAGCUGGUCAGUAUUGGUUCUUCCUAUAACUAUGGCAAUGAAGAUCAGGCUGAAUUUCUGUGUGUUGUCUCAAAGGAAUUGCAUAACACUCCUUACGGCACAACCAGUGAACCCAGUGAAAAAGCAAAGAUUUUGCAAGAACGAGGUUCCAGGAUGUGAAGACAGUAUUGAACGGUGACAAUUUUUUUCUUGUAUUCGAAGAUGCAGUGAAUUGUCACACUGAAGAGGCUUGGCUGCAAAAGAAAAAAUCUGAUUUAGACAAUUUUCUGUUGAUCUGGGUUCAACCAUAUUUGCCUAUAAGCUGGUGUCAACUUCUGGAAGCAUUGCAAGAUUACAUAAUGGGAAUAGAUGGUGUGGGAGUGUGUGUUAAGUUUUGGUUGUAGUGCAUGGUUGUACUCUCUUGUUGGCUUAUUGACACUGGUCAUUUGAAAAGAAAUGACCAUGCACUCAUAUUUUCCUUGGAGACAUGUAGCACUUAAUGUCUGGUGCUGGAUGACCCAAUGUUGAUCAGUUUGGAGACCUUUUCCUACUAAUCAUUGUAAACCUUAAAAGGACAAUGUAAUUGGUGCUACACACACACACUUACACACACACACGCACACACAUGCACACACAAAUGUUACAGCCCAGAAACGCAAGUAUUUGGGCAUACGUUGUUUCAGAAUCAGUGUCAGCCCCAGUUGACUGUAUUAUACUGCACAUUCCUUAUGGUUCUGUGACAUAAUCUAUUAUGUAAUAACAGCCUAGGAGAACAACUGAAACUAGCAUGUGUAAGUUACACAACAGAGAAAAGGUUUCUCUGAAGGGUGUAUAUAUUGACUGGAUGUAUAGCUUAUUUUAAUACCCAAAGGGAAAACUAAACUCAGAGAAAAUGGCCUUCCUCUGGUGUUCCCUCUGUUAAAACAGUCUCCUGCAAAAGUUACGCUCCAGUCCUGGUCACAUGCUUGAAAGUGGAAUCAAAAUUCACUUAAAAUGACCAACUGAACAUUCUGUUUCUUUGGAGGUGUUUGUACUCAUAUGUGUGUUUGUGCUUCUAUAAAAUGCUUAUAAGCAUUGAACUGUGUGGAUUAGAGUAGAGAUUUUUCUAGAGCUGGAGGUUUUACAGAAAUACAGCUGGCUAGUCCUAAGUCCCUGUCUCUAUGACUUGGAUUAAAAUCAACCUUAGUGUGAACAUAAACUCAUCCAGUUGAAAAACCUGAUUACUUUGGGUAUUCAGGAUCCCUGUAAUCAACCUUUCUAUACAGUUUCAGCUAUGCAGUUAAGAACAGUGUUUGAACAGAAUGUGGUGCAGCUUUGUUAGUUUGUCCUUGAUAAAGGCUAAUACACAAGACACACACUAUGUUUUGAGCAAAAUCUUCAGCACAUCUUUAAAACACUUAACGAAAUGGACAGUAUAAAACUUGGCUUCAGUGACUCAUGGAACCAGUGGAAGGGAGUUUGAAAAAGCUACAAGAUGGUUUUAAAUUCUGAAGACAUUACAGUUUUCAUUCUAAGUAAUUUCAGAAUUCAUGCAUAUACUGUAGGUAAUCCUUUACACAAAAGCCUGAUUUUCAAACACCCAGGGUCUACUUUUUUUUUAUUAUUAUUUUAUUUUUUAAAGGACUUAGACAUUGAUAAAAGUUUGGCAAAAAAAUUUGUAAGAAACAUUUCUACUAAACAGAUUAAGCAAUGGGCUAAAUGUUUUGUCCGUGUGCCUAAUGCUUGAAAGGAUUUGUAAUGCAUUUUGUGACUUGGAUGUGGUCUGCACAGGAAGCUGCUGGCCCCUCCACAACACAUACAAUUUUUGUCUUUUUUUAAGAAGUUAAAACUGAAUUUAAUUUACUAAAAUUGUAAUUGUGUAGGGGGAAAUGUUUAUACUUUUAUACUUUUUUAGGUACCCAUAUUUUAUCAGCUGAAAUUGAGCACAGAGAUAUCCCCUAAAUAGUGACGGAUUAUCUUGUGUAUCUGAAAAUAAGCAUAACAAUUGUCUGUGUUAAUUGUAUAUUAAAACAUUUCCUCUGCUGCAGUAGUCACUGUGUUUUUAAGCAGUAUGGCUCAAACAAAAUCUCUGAGCUCCCCGGCUCAUUGCAGCCAGUUGCAGCCAACCAUGUUACUUGUUGUUUUCUCGAUGUGCUCUACAGAGUAAUUCAGCAUUGAUCUAAGUGGAUUUUAAUGCCUAAAAUACCAGUUUUACAGUGAUCCUUCUGAAUCAGCAUUUCUGUUGCCUCUCUUAGUAAACCCAAAAAGGACAGACUAUUUAAUAAAGUGAAAUUUUACUGAAUGACAUCAGCAAAGCAUGAGUAACAAACUGAGCAAACUGAACAAAUUUAGAGUAUGUGUAAGAGUGGUAUACUUUUUUCUAAGUAUGGGGGCUUUUCCCCACUGGAAUAUUUUCAGUUUUAAAACCUACUUCUAUGCUGAGAUUACUUGCAGUUUAGUUUACAUUGUAUCCCUCCUGUAGCUAAUUUUAGGGAAAUGAGUGUUUAAUAAUUUUUUGCACUUUGUUUCCACUAUCUCAUGAAGAUUUUAAGAAGGAAAGAAAAGAGAGAACUUUAGUGGGCAGGUACUUUGUAAAUUUUUUUAAAAUACAUUGUUGUUUGAGGCCACCUGAACUAACUACUUUCCUGUUCUUGCUAUUGUCAUUAUUGCUUUAAUUUUUGUGAUCAUGCAAGGCUUUCAGAUAGAUGGAAAUACACUCUUCAGCUUUUUUCAAGGCAUUAAGAAUUUAUCCCUAAAUAAGUUUUGUUUCUUUUUGUUUGACUGUUGCAGUUUCAAAUAAAGUUAGUGACAGUAACCAGGUAAUUGCAUUAGAGUCCAAUCUGCAUUACCAGGCUUUGCAAACAUUGCUUCAUCUGUUAAGAUCUUGCAAGAAGGAAGUAAUGUACCUGUACUGUUAAAACUGGAUUCCUUUGUUCUUUUUCUGCCAUUUGGAGAGUACCUACCUGAGAAUUGCCUGUGACUGUGCAGAGCUGAGGGGUUCCCUAUCAGGCUGGAACUGCAAAGCUGUACUGCAAACCCCUUGGACUUAACUCUGGACAUACACAGCUCCUCUGUUGUUAAAUCAGAACAGUAUUCCAGGUUAAAACUUUAGAUCCUGAGCUUGAAAAGACCAUAGCAGAAGGAAUAAAGCAGGAAGGGAAAGAGAUGAAAUUCCUUAAAGACAUUUACAUGACAAACUUCUUGCAAAACUUGUUUAAAAACAGAAGUUCAAAUUUGCUAUAGCAAUUUCUUGCUUUGAGUUAGGAGACAGCGUAUUGUUUGCCUUAGGUUUUCUCAGAGGCUAUUUUUACCUUUGUUGGAGAUGACAUUUUUAUAUUACAUGCUUUUGACUUCUUUAAGCGGCAAGUGAAUCAGAAUUUCUCUGCAAUGAACAAGUAGUUCUGAGGCCUCGAAGACACUAAUGUCACAUGGUCCAUAUUAACUAUCCAAACGUACAGUCUGACUCAGCUGCUCCCAGCCCAAAGGUUACCUGGGAUUUUGUCCUACUUACUGUGGGAUUUCCAUGGAUUACAGUUAAUUGCAUGUUUUUAAUCCCAAAGUAAUUUAAUUGUGUGUCAAAGACUUGAUUGAAUUUAGAAGCUUUUUUUGAUUCUUUACUAAAGUUUCCAUUGUCACAAUCAUAUACUCAUAAGAGUUGGAAAAUGUACUGUGUUUUUUUCAAACUCAGAUCUCUUGUAAUGGUAAAAGUUCCUUUCAUCCUGCAUUGUAGCAUUAGGAGAAGAUAUUUCUUAAAAAAUGAAGCUCAGUGAAUCCAUCUGACUGUUUUGAGCUUUUCUUUAGACACUAGCUGUAUAGCUCCAUUUCUAGCAAUGUGAAUGCACAGUUAUAAUUGAUUAGAAACAGGACUAUUUCCUGCAGAUUCAAAAAUUGAAUCAAUCUCCUCUUUUUCUGAGAGAGGGAUAUUUUUGGGAUUUUUUUCAGGAGAAAAAUGAAAACUGGCAGAUUAAACAAAAGAUAACUUGGUUGCAGGCAUACAACCAAGGGAACAAGUCUGCUGAGUAGGGAGACAGUGUUAUCAGAAAAGUGCUUCUCAUAACACAACGCUAUUCUGUGAAUGUCUGUUGAAGUUGUUGAGAGUUAUCAGUCUCUGUUUAAGCUGUAGAGAGAUCCCAGCAGCAAAUUAACACACAUUAGUUACAAAUCUUUAUUAAUAUUACAAAAAUGAACUUGGAGGGCAAAAAUGCAAUAGUAUCUGGUUCAGUGGAAUUAAAUAGAAUCUGGAUUAUAGUUACCCAGAUAUACUGGAAUGUAUUCCUUGGGAAGUACUGGGAGAAGAGUGAAGUUGUCCUGGGCUUUUUGGGGAAGAUGGUAGUCAAAUUAAAGCCUGACGUCUGGGGAUUUGUUCCCUUAAUAUGUGAUAAAAUCAGAAAGUGCCAUUCUCCUGUUUUUAUUCUCUCUCUCGCCACAUCAAAAGUUUCAAUUUUUUCAAAUUAACUUUUUCAAUCAGCCCUUGAACUGUGGGGCUUUUGAAAAGAGAUGAAAUUUUGUUAUGCCUUUAAUAGUGUCUGUUAUCUUAAGAGAGUUGGGGUAAAACCUGUGUGGACAUCAGAGAAGUGUCUUUUCUUACACAACCGUUUUGAAAUACUUUAGCCUAAGGGUGAUGCCUGUUACUUCAUUGUUAUUUAGACUGCAGCUGUCUCCAGUUUUGAGGACAGUCUUGGGAUCUUACGUGGGGCUUUGUCUAGAAUUAUUGAUUCUUUAAAUAGUAUGAAUAUUCAGUUUAAAAAUCAUGAAAUGUGGAAGGCUCUCUGAACUCAGUGUCAUGCAAGUUUUCUUUUGUUUCAAGAAAAAUCAGGAGCUGUCUUUAAAGGCUUCUUAAUGAACAGCGGCUUUAAAGGGCUAAAAAGAUCAUAUUGUCCAGUUUGCCUAGAUGACUGUCAGAAGGAACUCUUUCCAUUUUCAGAGCAGAAAUGCUAAGGGCUAAAAUGCUUUCCAGGGCUAAUUUGACAUUCCAGAUACAUACAAUAUCUAAAAAACAACUAGUCCAUUUUCCUUUCAACUCAUGGACUCAAAUAAUUUUUACGAAUGUCUGAACCAAUUGCAGAUGUAAGUAUUCCUAUGUGGCUUGGAUUUUCACUACCCACAUUGGAUAAGGGCACACUAGAGAAGGCAGUACAUUUGCCCUCCACUUUAUUAUUACCUUUGCUGAAACCUGAUGACAUUUAUGAACAGCACUGGCAAGAGAGAAGCUUUGGGGAAGAUUCUGCCCCAGGAAAUUGUCACAGAAUAUUUCUUUGCAACUUAGUUGACCUUUACUUUAGUGAUGUCUACCAAGGCAUAAACUUCUCAGAAGUUCAGUGAGUAGAUACUGCUGCCAAUAUAGCUUUCUGGAGGCAUCAGAGGGUUCUCUUCAGGAUGUUAUGUCUUAAUAAGUACUAUAAUGAGAGAAACUUUUAAAAUUUUUGUUACUUUGGGGGUGAGUGGAAGAGGUUCUGUGACAGUGCUCUCCUCACCUUAGAAAGCUGAACCUAAAUUUUGACCUGAGACCUGCUGUGAUUUUGAGGCCGCGUCAUCUGAAAUGAAUAAAGAGUAAAAGUGUUUGUUAUGUACAUGAUUCUUGCUACUUUUGAAGAUUUUCCAAAAGCUUAUUGCACAACUUUACUCACAUUAACUUGGCUCAUGUGUACUUGCUAGAAUGAAGCAAGUGCUAAGGCACUCUUAAAAGGAAUAUUACCAACCUCUCUACUGGAACUGAAACAAGAUCACCAAACUGAAGGAGUAUCAAAUGGCAGCUUUUUCCACCUGCUUCUGCCCUUAUCCUUACCUCAACUUAGCUAUGAGAAAUCUACUUCCUAUGCACUCUUUAGGAUCACCUACCCAAUUCAACAAAUGUUCUUUUUUUUAACCUUUUCCUCCGAAUCACUGGUCUCAAAAUUAGUUGUGCAUCAGCUGUUUGUGCUUAUACCCAAGUGGCCAUACUUGCAACAUGUUAUUUCCUGGAUAGUGGAUUAGCAAUAACAAUUUAUUUUGUGCCAAUUCAUUAUGUCUGAAGUGUUCUUACUGCAGCAAAAAUUGAGUUAUGAUUUGGUUUUAAUGCAUUUGAAUUAACCAAAACUCAUAGCACAGACACAGACAAGAAACUGAAUUCAGGGAAAUUUCCCUGGAAAAAAAUCUGCUAGGGCUUCCCAAAUAAUUUGAAGAUGGUUACUGUUAACCAUCACUUUCACAACAAACAAACUAAAUGUGUAUGGGUAUUUUUUUAACUUCCUUUUCAUAACACUAGUGUAUUGUAAACUGCAUGGAAUAAACCUGUUUUUUCCCUUUUAAA